UCUUCCGGUCCCUUCCUUCACUGCGCUCCUCCUCGCUGACUCGGAGGUUGUACUAGCAAAGCGUACGCCUAGCCGCCGCCGCCGCCGUCUUCCCGAUCUGGGCCGCGCCACACGCGCGCGCGCGAGUGCGGAGCCCUCAACCCUGGGCGGCUCCCCCCGCACAUGGACCCCGCCCUGCCCGAGCACUGGCGGCGGCCGGUCCACCUCGGUGAGGCGUCCUCCGUCGUCACCGACCGGAGCAAUGGUGGCCGCAGGAGGGCUCGCCGCGACGUGGCGGCGCACCACGGGGACGAUUCGUCCAUGCUCGUAUCCACCUCCGGCACCGGCGCCGGCCAGGACCUGGCUGAUCCAGAAGAAAAACGUUUGAAGAAGAUGGAGUCUGAUAGUGCCGAUGGCAAUUUAAGGACAAACGCUCAAACAGAUUCAGGAAAUGCUAGUAAGGUUGUUGAUAGAAACCCUACACCGCCAGAGCCACCAAAACAAGACUACAUCCAUGUGAGGGCAAGACGAGGUCAAGCAACUGACAGCCAUAGCAUCGCAGAAAGGGCACGGCGAGAGAAGAUAAGCGAACGGAUGAAAAUGCUCCAAGAUCUUGUCCCUGGAUGCAAUAAGGUUAUUGGGAAAGCAUCAGUUCUCGAUGAGAUAAUAAAUUACAUCCAGGCUUUACAGCGUCAAGUUGAGUUUUUGUCAAUGAAGCUUGAAGCAGUAAAUGCCCAUGUGAACAACAGAAUUGCAUCUUUUCAAUCUAAAGAUGUUGGUGCUGAGCCAUUUCAUACAGCUCUUGGUUUGACACUAGAUCCACAAACGCCAAGAGAACACGCCCAGGGCUCGACAUCAGAGUGGCUUCAUAUGCAGAUUGGCAACACAUACGAAAGGGUGACAUGAAUAAAACAUGGAAUUCCGUCAAACAAAAUUCCUUUUGGUGGCUAAUAAGGAGGGCCAGGAUCAAUCAAACCUGUGGUCUUAGGUUUGUUUUUCCAAAUUAUCUCGCGACCAAUUUACUAUGGUUAGUUGCUAAGGACUGUGAAAUUCACCAACCAAAUUUAGCCUGUUCAGAACACCGGGAUUUUCCCUGGAUUCUUUUGUAGCCGGAGUUCAACUGUUGAAAUCCCGGUGUUCUAAACAGGCUGCUAUGAACGAUAAGAUGUUUCCGAAUUGGAAGGCGUUCUUGGAAGAUUCAGUUUCUCGUCCCUGCUUUGUU